GCAGUAUCGCGAAAGGUUACAGACAGAACGUAUCAGAGAUAAAGGUGCCGUGUCUCGUUGACUCGUCAUCGGUAGCAAUAAGGGUAAUCGACACCCUACCAUCGGGACGGUGAUAUAAAUCAGGUCGGACAGUGGUUUUGGGUAAAGAUUCUGGUUGAAUGAUACCCAGUGCGGUGUUCACUAGUGCUGCAGAAUCAUUCCAUUAGUUCAGAUCUACAAAAAACAGGAACCAGAGAGAAUAGAAUCAUGAGAGUAUUUCUGGCAGGUUUCUGUGCCUUGGCACUUAUCGUGUCCUCAACCAACUGUUUACCGACCGCUGGAAUGGCAGUUCCAAACACUCCGGAAAACAUGGAACGAUUGGCCCAUCUGGGACAAGAUGAUCUUGCGGAGGAACUUAGCGGACAGUUCGAGGGCGAUAUGGUGUUGGACGAAGAUCAGUUGAGUUCACUGCGGGAUAAGCGCAACGGACUCAUCGCUCAGGCGCGUCGUUGGCCAGACCGUAUUGUUAAGUACUACAUUCAUGAGCCUGAUUUCACACCGGAACAGGUUCAGCACAUCGAGCUCGGUGUUCGACUCCUUCAAAGCCAAUCGUGUCUGAAGUUCCAGCGCGUCACACCCGAUGCUACCGGUUACAUACGUGUGAUCGGAUCCAGUUCCGGCUGUUUCUCGUCCGUCGGAUACACUGGUGGUGCGCAAAAUCUUAACCUUCAGCCAAAUGCCGUUGGUGUGGGUUGCUUCCGUAUCGGUACGGUGGUGCACGAGUUUCUGCAUGCGCUCGGUUUCUACCACCAGCAGAGUGCUAGCGAUCGUGAUGAGUUCGUAGACAUCAUUUGGGAAAAUAUUGAAGCGGGCACGGAAAACAACUUUAACAUCUACGGCUCGAACGUUGUGACGGACUUUAACGUCCGUUAUGAUUAUGGCAGCGUUAUGCAUUACGGCGCGACGGCAUUCUCCGUGAACGGUCAGCGCACGAUCAUACCAAAGGAUCCGAAUGCCACUAUCGGGCAGCGGUUGGGCAUGAGCGAGCGGGACAUUUCCAAGCUGAACUGGAUGUACGGUUGCUUUGGAAAGAAUUAAUCGAGUUAAUCCGCCGCCUCGAAAAUGAUAAUUUAACCGGAAAGAUGAUGGUUUCGCCAUCUUCCAAUAAAUAUGGUGUGACUUAUACAAUUAAAAAGAA